CUUGAUGAUUGGUUAAUAGUCAAUAAUAUCUUUAUUCUAUGGUCAAUAGUCAAUAAUUUAUUUGAUUUAACUGCUAUACUAAUAAUGCACGAUUCCCAUCGUUAAUUAACAAAUGUACAACUUGAGUAAAUUCAUGUUGAGUAUGUCAUUUUUGUACUGGUCCCACAAAUUCACUUCCAUAUCAGUUAUAAGCAUUUUAUUUUCUAGUUGAUAAUUAACUUUGAAGUUAUUGUCAUUAAAGACUCAAUUUUUGAAACUGUAAACUUACAAUAUGAACAGGCCGAGAAAUCAAGCUGAACAUGAACUAAAAGCCAGAGCUCGCAUAUAUGUGGCAAACAUACCGCAAGCUGGUAUGUCUCGCAAGGAAGUUGUAUCCGUAUUUCAUAAAUACGGAGAAAUUGAUAGUAAGUCUAUGACUUGUAAUGUUUUUCUAUUUACAAUAUAUAUAGAUUUAAUUUAAAUGGCUUAACAAAUGUAGUUUGGUUUCCAAGCAAUUUUUUUGUCAAAAUGUGUUUUUGCAUGCUCAAUUUUAUGGUAUUUUCAGGAAAAGUUGCACAAACUCAUUUGGAAGUUAUGGUCAAUAAACUUCAAAAUGUUAAUUUUUUAGAAAAAUUGUCUUUUUGAGUCUAAUACCAAAAAUCUUUUAUUGUAAUUGUUAGUAUUUUUAUACAAAACAUUUUGGUGUUAUCAAAAUGUAUUUAUCGUACUUACUUUUAUAUUAUUGUUAAUAAACCACGCCAUACUUAAUUAUAAAGUUAUUUUAAACAUUUAUGUAUUAAAGUAGGUAACUUAAAAUUGAUUUUUUGGUGUAACUUAUCAAAACUAAUUAAUAUUUGUUGAUUUAGAAGAAAUAGGCGAAAACAACGGACAAAUAUCUAUUGACCCUCAACUGCAUGUCCUUUGUGGUAUUGGCACUUUGAAAAUUUUUGAUUCAUCAAUCUCAACUUAUUAUCUACUGCUAAUCUUUAUAUUUAAAUAUAACAUAUUAUUAAAUUUCAAAAGCAAUAACUACCAAUGUUUACAUGAUGUAUUAUCAUCUCACUGAAUACAACUUAACUGUGAAAAUUUAUCCAGUCCACAGUGGUAUGUUGAGCAAUCUCUAAUUCUCCAGGAAAGAAUGAUAAAGAAACACUUUAUUCAUAUAUAUGUUAAACUCACAAUUACAUAGAGAGAUAAGUUUGACUUAUGGAAAAAUGUAUUUUUCCUUAUAAACAUAAACAUCACAUUUUACCUUUAGAAAAAUGCAGUUUAUUAAUACUAUUAUUUUUUUUUUUUUUACUUGCUUAUUAAUCAUUAUUAUAGUUAUUCAAUGUAUACAUACAUAUUUGAGGGUAUAGUAUUUUUAAUUAAGUUUUAAAAUGUAAUUUUUAGAUGUGAAGUUUUGGAAUAAUCUCAAUAUCUCUGCACAUAUCCAUUAAUACAAUUUUAUUGAAUUAUUUUGAAUUUUUUUGUAAGUACCAUAAAAUUGAUUAUGCAAAAACACAUUUUGAAAAAAGAAAUCACAAAAAAUUGCUUGGGAGCUAAAUUGCAUUUAUGCCUUGUAGUGUAACUAGAAAUUGCCAUUUAAUGUACUACUAAUAAAUGUUAUUAAUAUUUUUUAGAUGUUUCACUGCAAACCAGACAUGUAUUUGUUCAGUUUGUAGAAGAAUCAUCAGCACUUAAAGCAUUGAGUCAAAAUCCACCAGAUUAUAUUAUGAGCAAAAAACUUGGUAUACACAUUUUUUUUUUGUGGGGGGGGACUUGAUCUACCCAAUGUAUAGUAAAUUGCAGACAGUACUUCUGGUCCCAAUAUCACUGACUGCAUUACUGAUAAAGUUUAGUAAUUGGAAACAAGUAUGCUAUACCUACUUAUUUUUUAUCAAUUCAAUAAUAUUCUAAUGUUACAAGACUCGUUUCUUGAUUUAAUUUUCUCCAAUAACCCUCUCAUCUGAGUUUAUACAAUUUUAGGCCUCCUCUUUCAUUUAAUUCAUAUCAUCCACUUGGUCAACUACUGAUAAUCCUGCUAUUUAAUACAUAUCACAAAUUUAGACACUUAGACAAUAUUUAUGAAUGGAUACCGAUCCGUGUUAAACAACUUAAAGGACCUCCGGACAAAAAAGAAACACUCAUGCAAACUGUAAAAAAAAUACUGUAGCACUGGAUAGUAUUACAAAUUCUCUUUGCUUUGUGUGUAUUGUAAAUUUGAUAAUGUCUAAGGUAGCCACACUGUCCCCAAGAAAAUCCAUUUGGGCCCCUAUAAAGCAUCAGGUGAUCAAGUACCCAAUUUGCUACAAUCUUUAACAAAUGUUAACAAAAUUACAGUUAUACAGAUUCAUUAUCAUAAUUUUUUCAGAUGUAAAACCAGUAAGACCAUUUUUUUAUAGAAAUGGAGAAUUGGUGAAAAAUGAAAGAGCAGCUAAUUUUGAUGUAAAUGAUAAAAGGUAUUUUAUGUAAUAUUUGAUUUAUUAAUUUACAGUAAUGAAUUAGGACUUGGAAUAUUAUUGAAAUCUAAUCUUAUUAUAUUAUAUCUAUUAAAGAUUAGAUAAAAUAAUAAUCUAUUGGUGAUUUCAGAAAUGACAGAAACCAACAGAGAGAUUUGUAAGUAAAUAGUUUUUACUUUUUUCAUUAUAAUAAUAAAUCAUAAAUUAAAGAACUCUAAACGUAAUCAAGUAUUUGUACUCCUAAUAUGCUAUUAUGUAUCAUAAUAUAGGACAUUGGUGACAUACUUAUGUCCACAACAAAUUACAUAAUAUAACAUGUCUUCUAUCUGUUAAAUAGUACUUAGAUGAUAUUAGAUAUUUAAAAAAUGUGUUAUUUUCUCUUAAUGAGUUAGUUACAGUUUGUAGUAUUCAAAGAGAUAUUGAUUUAUAUUUAUUAUUACUUAUCUAAAAAAAAUUUAACUAUGUACAUUUAUACUUAUUUAAUUUUUAUAAUUAUUAUUAACAUUUUCAGUGAUGAUUUUAAACCAACCCGACAAAUAAUAAAUCCCAACUUGAUGAAUCCAAAUGCUCCAAAUGAUUGUGAAAUUGUUGUCACAAAUAGUUCUUUAACGUAAGUUUUUUAAAUCUUAUAUGGUACCAAUUUUUUAAAUAUAUUUUUUUCCAUUUUAGUGAAUAUGCAGAAUUUUUAGAAGUUAACCUGAAGAAAAUGAAUAUGAAAGUUGAUUUAUUAUUUCCUAAUCCAGAUAUACCAAUUAAUCGUGUUCUUGGAACUCUAGCUCAAAGAGGAACAUUAUAUGUUUUAGUUGUACGAAAUGAAAACAAAUCAUAUAGGAGUGUCACUGUUGAUAUACUUCAUGGUAUACCAGAAGGUAAUAAAUUCUUCAAUUACCUAAUAUUGUUGUUUAAAUAUUCUUACAAAUAGAAAAAUAUUCAUGUUUAUUAUAUACUAAUAUUUUCAUUUCAGAACACAGGAAUAUGCCUUAUAAAGAUGCAUUGGCGUUUAUUGUUCAUAGUUUUGAAGCAUAUAUAAGAGGAGAAAAAAUGACUCCUUUACCUGGUAUUUCUGGCAUUCCGAUAUCUGAAUGUGGUAUACCUUUAGGUGAAAAACACCCUGAAGGAAUCGAUACAAUAUUGAGUUUAUUAAAAGAUCAAAGAGAUCUUACAGUACUUCAAUAUGAUAUGGUAAGAACAGCAUUUUGACAAAAAGUUUAUGAUAGUAUUAGUGUAUAUUGAAUUUCUUCUUUUCUUUCACCUUCAUCCCAACUAUUUGGGGUUGGUCAUAUAUUUAAUUUAUUUUUUUUUAAUAAAUUAUUAUUUCAAAAACAAGUUCAGAAUAUAAAACUACUAUAAUGAAUUUUUUUUUCUAUUGCCUAUUAUAGGUCUUUUAACUAAUUUAAGCCCUUUGCCAUAAUUACCACAUUUUCAUUAUUUUCCGUCAUUGAUUACCCCUUUAAUUAAAAAUCACUCCCAACUGUUAACUCGCCUUUGUCUUGAACAUUCUACUUCAUAAAGCAUAUAUUAUUUAGCUUCUUAAAUAUCUGGUCUUGUGCUCAUCAUAUAUGUCCUGGUAUAUAUACUUGUUCUUUAUUGUUGCUGCUAUGUUCUCUUUUAAUAGUUUGUAUCAUUUAAUAUACUAAAUGACACACUGGUGUGUUACAUCCAAGUGGUUGAAAAACACUACUUUACUGGAUAUUAUAAGAACAAUACUAAAUUGCAUGAUAUAUAAUUAAAUAAUAUUUAGAAUUAGUUGUUUGUCAAAAUUGAAUCAUUUUCCUCUUUAUAGUUAAAUUUUAAAUUUAACAAAAUGUAAAAAAGUUUUAACUCAAAUAUUCUAAUAAUAAAAAUAUAUUUUAAUUAAAUUCCUCUAAACAAAGUUAAAAAAAAUUCAUUAUGCAUUAAUUAUAAUUAGUUGAUAUCUUAGGGUACAUUCAUUUUUUUUUGUCUGUAAUUUUCAAAAAAAAAAAAAUCUAAACUAAUUAAUCUUAGUACUCUAUUUAUUUAUUUUUUAUCAAUCAGAAAUUAUAAAAAAUAAUUUAAACUAUUAUUUUUUUUAAUAAAGAUACUUCAAUAUUUAAAAGAAAAAAAGGAAGAACAUAUUAAAGAAGAAGUUGGUGCAGUACCUGAGUUUAAGCCAAGUAAUAUUUUUAUAAUUUUAAUAAAAAAAAAAAAUAAUCACUGUAUUUUUUGUAAAAUUAAAAAAUAAUAGUUGUUACAGAUGUUCCAAUUCUUCCAGCGGCAACUACUGUUCAAAAUCCUCAAGCAGCUCAAUUACAAAAUCGUAUAUUAAAUAUAUUGAAUACAUCUCUUUCUUCUAAUGCUCAACCUCAACUGCCAAUUGAAACUAUUCAAACUGAAAAAGAUUCAUCUAGUAUUCUUAAAGAACCUAAUGUUCAAAAAGCAUUAGAAAGUUUAUUUCAGGGAGGUAGUUUACUUAGAAAAUAAAUAUAAUUAAUUAAUUUUAUGUAUGUACAGUUUCCUGUAAAUAAAUUAAUAAUAUAUUAUUGUUUAAAAUAAUGCAAACUAAAUAGCUCUCCCUCCCAACGUCUUGAUUAUUGAUUGAUUUAAUUGUUAGUUUUGAGGUAGAUACACUGUUUACAACAAAAAUUCUAUUGAAAGCUAUCAAGAUUCCCUUACCUUUUUUUCUAUGGUCUUGAAAUAAAUGAUUUGACUAUUUAUGUAAGUAUGUGGUAUUGCAAUAAUGAUUUGACUGAAUUUUAUACUUAGUUUCCCAUAUUUGUAUAAGUUGUAUUUGUAUUAUUAAAUGUAAAUUUAAUGAAAUUAUCAUACUAUUUGUGUUCAUAAUUCUUGUGUUAAUUGUGGAGCUUCUAUAGUUAUUUAAUUGUAAAUACUCAUUAUUCAGAUUUGAUGAAGAAUUAAGCAAUGUACUCAAUAGUCAUUAAUUAUAGUUGAUCUAUUAAAAUAUUAUUUAUAAAAAUUUUAAUGAAAUCAUAAGUACCUAAAUUAACAAUGUAUAAUUAAAAUAAAUUGUUAUGACACCUAUAAAGAGUUACAUAUUAUUGACUUAAUGCAAAGACUCGGGUUCAAUAACUGGUCUGUCCACUUGAUUUUUAACACUUAUUUUCUGAAUUUUUACAUGUAAUUUUACUUUGAAUAAAAUAUUAUAUAUGAUAUAAAUUAAUGAUAACAAAUAUAUAGAGGCCGAUUCAUUAAGUAUGCUCUUUCUAUUUUAGGGGUAAAUUGUGUAUGUAUG